AUGGUAAUGAUGCAGUCGCCCAAGUCUGAUUGCGGGCAUCCGGAUAGCCCAGUGGCGCUCUCGCAACCGAACUCGCCGCCGGUUUCGCCGCCCAAGGGACAACACACGCAGCCACCGCCCGUAAGGUCAACCCCCGGUAAGGUCCCGGGGUCACGUUCGCCUUCCGGUGGCGCUGUGACGGUCGAAGGAGAUGGUGUCGUCAGCAGUAACAGCAACAACAGCAGCAGCAACGGGGCCACCAUGCUGCUCCGCCUGAACCGGUACAUCGAGGAGCAGCAGCAGCAACAGUCGGAUGUGAUGCCACCGGCCGCCGACCACGGUGGCCCAAUGAUGACCGGCCGCCAACCGCAUCUGUUCAGCCCCGCCAGCACCGCCAUGGAACAGGUGACGUCACCUGCCACGGCCUCCAUUCUUCAUCCUCAUCAUCAGCAGCCGCCGUCGCAGCCGACGUCGAUGCCACCGAGCAAGCUGCACAUGCUGGGGGCUGCUGUGAAUGAGCAGCUCCUGCACUUUGCAUCCUCGGCCAUACCGGGGCACGGGGCCCUCCAUCCGGCCCUCCAUCCGGUGCAUGCCGCACCGGGUACCGCGGGUCACCCGGCGCACCAUACGCCGGUCGCGGCCGGUGUGGCGCCGCUCCAGCCAUCCUCCUGCUUUCCGCACGCGGCUGCCACCGGUACCGGUACCGCCACACCGGGUGGCCACUCCCAUCAACAACAACAACAACACAGCAACCAUCAACGCCAUCAGGCGGCAGUGGCCGCAGCCGCUGCCGCCCCGUUCGCGCAAAUCAAAUAUCCGGCGGGCGGCGGCGGCGGCGGCGGCGGUGCGUCACCGACGGAGCUCGAGAUCGAGCGGUUCAAGAUAGCGCGCUCGCUGGCCGCGCAGGAGCUGCUGGCCGAUAUCGGCUUCAGGAUACAGCUGCAGGCAGCCGGCGAGCCGCCGUCGGUCGGUUACGCGCACAGCGACACCAGCGAGGAGCUGAUCGUCGAUGGUAACGAGGAGUGCUCGCAGGACGCCAUGUCGGGCUGUCCGGUCGAUCUGACGCGCUCGAUGGAGGGGAGCGGCGAGAAAGCGUCGCACGGACUGCGCGACAUGGUGGACAAGGAGGGUGCCUCCGAGCGGCUCGCCUUCUCCGUGGAGAACAUCCUCGAUCCGAACAAGUUCAACGGUGCCAAGCUCCACCCGAACGACAACAACAACACCAGCACCGUCAACCACAACAAUAACAACCACAACAAUAACAACCACAACAACAAUAACAACAACUGCUACGGGAGCGGCAAUCCGCGCACCGCGGACGACAAGCUGGACGACGAUCAGAGUGAUUCCCACUCGGCGAAGGAUGAUAUGGAUCAGGACGAUAUGGGCGAUGACAACACGAUGGGAAGCGAUCUGGAGGAUCACGCCAGCGAAACGAGUGACACGAAAAAGGAUGGCCCGGGAAGGGGCGGCAGUGGAGGCAAUGGGGGUGCCGCCGGUGGUGGUGGUGGUAGUGGUGGUGAUGGCAAGUCACAGGGCAGCAGUAGUAGCAGCUCCAAACCCCGACGUGCCAGGACGGCAUUCACGUACGAGCAGCUGGUGUCGCUGGAGAACAAGUUCAAAACGACGCGCUACCUGUCGGUGUGCGAGCGCCUCAAUCUCGCCCUUAGCCUCAGCCUCACCGAGACGCAGGUGAAGAUUUGGUUCCAGAACCGGCGGACAAAGUGGAAGAAGCAGAACCCGGGCAUGGACGUGAACAGUCCGACGGUACCACCGCCCAACAGUGGGGGCACGUUCGGGCCCGGUUCGUACGCCAGCAGCCUGCUCUACCCGCACGCCAUGCCCUACCCACCGUACGGUCCGUACUUUCAUCCGCUCGGUGGUCACCAUCUCGGUCACUCACACUCGUAA